AAACCAAAUUUCAGGUAUGUUUAUCUACUAAUAGCACUUAAUAAAAAUAAAAAUAAAUUCCCAUCCCCUUUAAGGCAACGAUGACGAAGAAGAACGAUGGUCUCUUCCUCCUUGAGGUGCUCAUUGAUAAAAUUGUGUUUGUGAAAAGCCCCUGUUUUUCUGAUAAGGACUUCAGAACAUGUGUCAACAUACAAUGUCCAGGAGUUGAACCUCUAGAGAUAUGUGAUGAUGAAACCGGCUCGUGCAUAGCCAAAAGCACCGGUCCUUUUAUAAAAUCAUUCAAUAAUGGGAAGUCUUGCCUAUUUUCGCUCACAGAGAGUGACAUUUCCACUGCCAUGACAAAAUAUCCAAUUAAGGUGUUAGUCUACAAAUCCCUACCAUGUGGUUGUCUGCCCACCAAAAUAAAUAUGGGAGAAUGUGAAAUUGAUUUGACAAAAGAAUUCGUAGAAGCACGCAAAACCUUUCUGGAAGAUCCGACUAAUGUCAGCUAUCAAGCUCUUAAAGACUCUUUUCGGAUCGUUGGGGCUGAUGGUACAGAAACUGGGGAAAUCGUAAUGUUUUUACGUAUAUCUUGUUUUGGGAAGCUUAUCAUCACUAAAUUCCAAGGACCAGGAAGUCCACAAAACUUAGACGCUGGAAGAAGUUCUGCCAUCGUUGAUAGAUCAUGCACACCGAACAAGGCUUUUCAAAGUAUACAAGAUCCAUGCGCAUGUGGUGCAGCACGAGGCAUGAUUGGUGGUAAAAAUUUAGCAGGACAGCCUUGCAAUGAUAAAGGUGGAAACGGAGUGUGUCCACCAGCUAGAGACCCUUAUAAUAGCAUGCCUUGUGAAGAUCCUGAUGAUCCUUGUUACUGUUCGGGACCAAAAGCGCAAGUCAAGGAUCAAAUGGUGUGUCGAAAUACAGAUCAGUAUUGCUUACACGUGCCCAAAGGUACUCUGCCGAAGAUGCCGUUCUACCAAAAUUUGAUGACUAAACAAAUGAAGAACCUAAACAAUAGCAUGCAAGAGAGUGUUUUAGAUACAAUACAAGUAUUGGACUAUUCGUAUCAAAUACCUUUUGAAGUGGAUAGACAAAAUACUUUCGGUACCGAAUUGAAAUCAGACACAUCUACGAUAACACUGAAAUCAAAUAAACGCUCAAUGUCCUUCUUCAAAAAAUCUAAAUACGGUUGGAAAUCUAAUACAUCGGUUUUGAAUUUACCUAUUCAAUAUAGCAGUACUACAGAUGCUGGUAUAUUUGGUACUAAGGAAACUGCAGUAUACAUGACUUUGUCAGAUGAUUUUUGUCGUCAUCGAACUUCGAGUACUCAAGCAACAGCAUCAAUAAAUAAAUGUUUUCAAGUAAGUAACGAAUGGAUGCCCUUUUCACCAAGUACCAACGCCACAUCUACAGAUUACUGUUCAUCUUGCACUAUACCAUACCAUUGGCAAAAACAUGUAAUUCCAGAUGAGUUAUUGAACACUAACAUAUAUUUUUUUGGAAGAAAAAAAGACGAACGUAAACAAAAGGGGAUGGGACAAAAAUCACAAUCACAUACUAAGCUACAAAAAACCAGUCAAACUUCAACUCAUGCAUUACGGUCAAAGGGAUCUGAUUCAAGUACUUCAAUAAACAAAUCCAAAGAUGCGAAAUUUAAACUAAUUCCGGCUAAAACUUCGAAAGGCGCAGCAACAGCUGCAAGCACCAAAACUGUAACUAUUAAAGAUGAAAAACAGUUGAAACCAUGCCCAGCUUUGGGAGGAACGACUAAAGGAGAUAUGAUGGUCACUGUUUCUCAUAUAAAAAUUGGCCCUAAAGAAACAUGUCCUACUCAUGGUAAUGAACCUUGUCAAGGCCCAAAAUGUGUGCUAGCAUCAUCUGGAGAAGAGCAAGGGCCAGUAAAAGUUACAACGGUAAAUAAUCCAAGAAGGGGAGUAUUUGAAAUAGUUAUUAGGAAGUUGACAGGAGCACCAUUAGCGAGAAAUGAAUUGAUGUUAGAAUGGACUCCACCACCGUCUCGAACUCCAACAUGUAGUGGACUUUGUCCAGUACCUUGUUUUCCACCUAGCCCUUAUAGACCACCAAAAUGUAAGUUAAUAGUUUGCCGACCCUUAUCUUGCAAGCCGAAAUGUUGUAAGAAAAAAUCAUGUGGACGUAUACCAUGUCGCACACUGCCUUGCAAACCUCGUAGAAAGUAUUGCAAAACUUCAUGUUGUGCCAACCCAUGUAGUUCAUGUAACCCAUGUAAGCCUUGCCCCCCACCUUCGUGUGGCCCUGCUUCGUGCUCACCCCCAUGCGGCAGACCUGCAUGCACUUCACCAUGCAAAAGUUCACCAUGCCUUAAGCCUUGUCUUGUAGGAAGGAAGCGUUACCGCAAGUCUCGCAGCCAACCUAAAAUUAAAUCACAUCGAAAAAAGAUUUCACCCUGCUGCAAUCGUUCUAGAAUAUGCCCCGUCGUGCGCUGCCGCAGUGUACCUGGCCCACGCAUCAAGGGUGCACCAUUUUGCUUACCGCGUAAGUGUUGUUCAGUCGGUCUAUGCCAACCUACUAAAAGUGCUUGCUCGUCUUGCUGUGGAUGAUUGAAAUAUAUAUGACAA